AUGGGAAGCGGUCGCGGCGGCCAGGGGGGGUGUGGAAAAAGGAACGAAGAGAAAAUAAGAAUUCAGGAGAGUCCCGGAUACUUGUCGGGUAUUCGAUCGAGGAAAAGAACUGGAGGAAUUUGGAUUGGUUAUUACCAUCAAACAUUUACGCUUUGA